AUGGCCUCACCCCGGGCUGUCACCUAUAUCCCUCCACCUCUAGCCUUCAACGUGACCAUCCGCAGUGACCGUCGUGGCACGUGUAAAGGCACCCAACUGGUCCAUGCCUGCGUAGGCUACUGUGAGUCAAGUGCCUUCCCAUCCAGAUACUCAGUGCUGUUGGCCUCCAACUUCACCCACAACAUCACCUCUGCUUCACGGUGCUGCACCAUCAGCAAGGAUACCAAGGUCAAAGUGCGCCUGGACUGCCCUCAAGGUCGUCACCAUGACGAAAUAGAGCUCCUGACAGCCGAGGCGUGUCGCUGUGACAUGUGCCGCAUGUCCCGCUACUAACACAUCCUGACAGCAUGCUGCAAACGAUGUGUUCAAGGGACCAGAAUCAAAUUCCAGUUUAGUCAGUUAAGCAGAAGUUGAGUAAUGCACCAGAAACUAUCCUUUUUUCUAUCUCUGUUGAUUUAUGAACGAAGAAAAUCCAUUUUAACUUACAGUAUUUAAAAACUGUCUUUUAACCAUGUUACUGUCAAAACCUGGGUUUUCUCCAUUUGAAUGAUGGUAAGGUUGACAAAAAUAGCAAAACUGGGAAGCUCUCUGUAGAAGUAACAGACCAUGAGGCCCAGAAAUGUUCAACUAAGUGAAAAUCAUUAAAGCAGACUAAGACCUGCACUGGAUC